AUGAUCUGGUCUUGCUGGCUUAGAGCUCACAGGUCUCUCCACCCUUCCCUCCAGGUGAACCAGCGCAACGUCCCGGGGAUUGACAGUGCCUACCUGGCCAUGGAUACAGAGGAAGGGGUGGAAGUUGUUUGGAAUGAAGUUCAGUUUUCUGAGCGGAAGAACUUUAAGCUUCAGGAAGAAAAAGUUAAAGCAGUGUUUGACAACUUAAUUCAGCUGGAUCAUCUCAACAUUGUGAAGUUCCACAAAUACUGGGCUGAUGUGAAAGAGAACAAGGCCAGGGUGAUCUUCAUCACUGAGUACAUGUCUUCAGGGAGCUUGAAACAGUUCCUGAAGAAGACAAAGAAAAACCACAAAACUAUGAAUGAGAAGGCAUGGAAGCGGUGGUGUACCCAGAUCCUCUCUGCUCUCAGCUACCUCCACUCCUGUGAUCCUCCCAUCAUCCAUGGCAACCUGACCUGUGACACCAUCUUCAUCCAGCACAACGGACUGAUCAAAAUCGGGUCAGUCUUUCAUAGGAUAUUUGCUAAUGUGGCACCAGACACAAUUAACAACCACGUGAAGACCUGUCGUGAGGAGCAGAAGAACCUGCACUUCUUUGCCCCGGAAUAUGGAGAAGUUGCCAAUGUCACCACUGCUGUGGACAUCUACUCCUUUGGGAUGUGUGCACUGGAGAUGGCGGUGCUGGAGAUCCAGGGGAACGGGGAGUCAUCCUACGUGCCGCAGGAGGCCAUCAACAGUGCCAUCCAGCUGCUGGAGGACCCCCUGCAGCGGGAGUUCAUUCAGAAGUGUCUAGAACAGGACCCUGGCAGGCGUCCCACGGCCCGGGAGCUCCUGUUCCACCAGGCGCUGUUUGAGGUGCCAUCGCUGAAGCUGUUGGCUGCUCACUGCAUCGUUGGGCACCAGCAUAUGAUUCCUGAAAAUGCUUUAGAAGAAAUGACCAAAAACCUCGACAUGAAUGCAGUGUUGGCAGAGAUCAAUCACGAGGACAGGGAAGGAGUCAAGAUGAUCUUCUCACAGUCUCCUGCACUGGAGCUGGACAAGUUCCUGGAGGAUGUGAGGAAUGGAAUCUAUCCCCUCACAGCUUUUGGGAUGCCACGACCCCAGCAGCCCCAGCAAGUUGUGGUGAAAUCUCCCAUUGCUCCCCCAUCAGUGAAAACCCCAACUCCAGAGCCUGCUGAGGUGGAGACCCGCAAGGUGGUGCUGAUGCAGUGCAACAUCGAGUCCGUGGAGGAGGGGGUGAAGCACCACCUGACACUGCUGCUGAAACUGGAAGACAAGUUGAAUCGACACUUGAGCUGUGACCUGCAGCCCAAUGACAACAUCCAGGAGCUGGCAGCUGAACUGGUCCAGCUUGGAUUUAUCAGCGAGGCUGACCAGAGCAGACUCACCUGUUUACUUGAAGAGGCAUUUAGCAAGUUCUACUACACUCGGAAUGGAGCCCUGACGGCCGUGACUGUGUCAUCUUAGCCCUGUGGCUGCUGGGUGGCCAGCAUGGCCUCGCUGCCUGCGGCCCAUCUGUGUGUGCCCACACCAUCGGGCAUCCACGAGACCCCAGCUGCAGUGCUCGGAAGCUCAUCCUGCAUGUGCCGUGGCUGGGCUCAUUGACAGUCCUCCCUGCCCGCCUCCUAAAGGGGACUUUGCGCAUCAGUAUUAUUUCCAGCCCUGUUUUUGUUGGGAUUUGCCAGGUUGUGCUGCGGAGCUGAGGCCUGGCUUGGGGUGUUCUGUAGCCCCACUCAUGUGCAUGGAGUUUGUUCUGUUUGAAUUGUACAAAGUGUCUUUUGCACAGCACAGAAA